CCGCUCCACGGACACUCCGCCGCGACGCGGCGCCAACAUGCUGACGCGGGUGAAGUCUGCGGUGGCCAGUUUCAUGGGAGGGAUGAUGGCCGGCGGUCCGUCCAGCGGGGACAACGUUGGGUCGGAGCUGCCUCUGAAAUUCCCUUACAUGAGACCCGACUUCCUGGGACUGUCCCCGGACGAAAUCGAGUGCUCCGCGGACCACAUAGCGCGGCCCAUCCUCAUCCUGAAGGAGACCAAGAGAUUACCCUGGGCCACCGGGUACGCCGAGGUGAUCAACGCUGGAAAGAGUGCACUGAAUGAAGACCAGGCAUGCUGUGAGGUGGUGGUAGCCAGAAAGAGGCCAGUGAGCUACUGCCCACCAUCCACACCGAGCAAGACCCCCAGUGCCAAGAGACGCAACUCCCUGCCCAAUGGAGAGAGCCUGGGGCUCCGCAUGGAGCACAGCAGGCUGGGAGAGGAUGGGGAGGGACUGAUCUUCCACUACUGGGCCCUGUUUGAUGGUCACGCCGGGUCGGGAGCUGCAGUGGUGGCAUCCCGCCUCCUGCAGCACCACAUCGUCUGCCAGCUCCAGGCUGUCAUCGAGGUGCUGCGCAACUUGGCCUCUCUGCCCCCUACCGUCCUGGGGGAGGAGCUCGACAACAACAACCCCUACCUCCAGGGCAAUACUCCGGGCCCCCACCGCGCCCUCACCCGGGCCGCCUCGCUGCGUGGGGCAGCGGGAGCACCCGGAGCCCCGGGGUCGCCCUGCAGCACCCCUCCUCCACCACGUUUCUUUGCAGAGAAGAAGAUCCAACACGAGAGCCUGGUGAUAGGAGCCAUAGAGAACGCCUUCAAAGAGAUGGAUGCCCAGAUAGAGAGAGAGAAGCAGGUCUAUAACAUUACGGGAGGAUGCACGGCUCUGACGGCGGUCUACCUGCAAGGGAAACUGUACGUUGCAAACGCAGGAGACAGCAGGGCUAUCAUUAUCAGGAACAAUGAGAUCAUUCCCAUGUCAACAGAGUUCACACCAGAAUCAGAACGACAGCGACUUCAGUUCCUGGGAUUCAUGCAGCCCCACCUGUUGGGAAACGAAUUCACCCACCUGGAGUUUCCCAGGAGAGUUCAGAGGAAGGAAGUGGGCAAGAGGAUGCUUUACCGCGACUUCACCAUGAGAGGAUGGGCUUAUAAAACCAUUGAGGAUGAGGACCUCAAGUUUCCACUAAUAUAUGGUGAAGGGAAAAAGGCGCGGGUGUUGGCCACCAUCGGUGUGACCCGAGGUCUCGGCGACCACGACCUCAAAGUUCACGACUCCAAUAUCUACAUAAAGCCCUUCCUGUCCUGCUGCCCCGAGGUGAAGAUAUAUAAUCUGACCCAGUACGAGCACGGAACCGACGAUGUUCUAGUGAUGGGAACGGACGGCCUGUGGGACGUCCUCUCUAACCAGGAAGUGGCCGAGUCCGUCACCACCUUCCUGGCCAACUGUGACCCGGACGACUUGCACAGGUACACGAUGGCAGCACAGGACCUGGUGAUGCGAGCGCGCGGCGUGCUGAGGGACCGGGGCUGGAGGAUCACCAACGAGCGGCUGGGUUCCGGGGACGACAUCUCAGUCUUCAUCGUGCCGCUGAUGUACGGCAACCGCCAGCCGUAGGAAUUACACGAGGACGACGAGGAUCUUGGACCUCGGAAGGAGCCCACGCGAGCUCUCAAAUCAGCAGGGCCGAACUCAAGAUCCCCACCUACACCCUCUUACCCCGACCCCCUGGUCUCUGUCAACGUAAAAAUCCUUUUACUUUGUCAGACUUGAACUUACAUUUCUCUCUGGAGGUCAGGAACCGGUAGAACAGCGCCGCUUCCUUUAGCAUCUUUUUAUAAACGCACG